GACUUGCCCAAGAUGCCGUGCAAGAAACUAUUGAUAGGAUACAAUUUUACCUUAACCUCUACAAACUUUCCGAACAGCAAGCCAAUGAAUGGUUGGGAAGUAUCCUGAAAAGUAAGAAGUUAAUUAAUGAACAAAAAAAUGAACUUGUUGAUGACAAAGACAGAGCCAUUGAUCAUAUAGAGGAAGUGGAACGGAAAAAAAAGGCUUUGGAAAGAAAAAUCAAAAAAAUAAGUAGCGACCCGAACAAGAAAAAAGCCGGAUUAGCGGACCUAAAUUACAGUCAAGAAAAUUACGCCAAAAAUCAACUAAAACUUUCCGCUAACCAAUCCCUUAAAGAUUAUGUUCGCAGUGCCAAAACCCCCGAAGAACGGAGACAACGAGAGGACGAAAUUAGAACUUUGCUUAACAAAUACGAACAAGAAAGCACCAAAACCAGAGCCCUAACUUCCAUUAUUGGUGUGUUGCUUAUCGGAAGUAUAAUUGGCUUAAUUAUCUAUUUAGUAAAAAGAAAUAAAAAUAAGUAA